UUAUUUUAGUAACGAACUAGAUAUAUUUUCGGCUUUUAAAUUAAUCGAACAUGUUCAAACGUUAAUCCGGAAUGAGGGAAGAGUUUUAAUAAAAUUCAGUUGCAAAUCGAUAUUUCAGUUUAAUACAAGUGCCUUGGCUAUCCGAACCCAUACUUCAGGUGCAGGGUUUUGGUUGAGUUCAAAUAAAAGCAUGUCUAUGAGAAGAACAUGUGUAAAAAAAUUUCCAACCAAUAGAUACACAAUGGAGAAGAAUAAGGACAAUACUGUCAAUGUUCUAUAUCGAAGCAAUAAUUUUCUGGUUGUAAACAAGCCUUAUGACUUGGUCAUAAACAGUAAUAAUCCUGAAUUGAAAACAACUUUACAAAAGGAAGUACAAGCCAUAUUUCCUGAACUAGUGAACCCAGAAUUGCGCCAUGAGUUUCAUUUUGUUCACCGCCUGGACUAUGCCACGAGUGGAGUCAUUUGUUUGGCUCUAAACAAAUAUGCUGCUAAGGCUGCCACAAAUGCCUUUGAAAAAAGAAAGGCAAAGAAAUAUUAUCUAGCCCUAGUUCAUGGUCACAUUAAUAAGAGACACGUUAUCAUUUCAGAACCAAUUGGAGAUGAUGUACGUGAGAAGAACGGAAAUCAUAAAAUGUGUACAGGAGGUAGUGCCUUUUGCGAAAGACCCCGAAAUUCCUACACAGCACUGUUGGUACUUGAAAGAGGUACUAGAAAUGGGAAGCCAGCGACCAAAGUACUGCUUUGCCCCAAGACUGGUCGUCGACAUCAGUUGCGAGUACACUGUUCACACAUAGGUCAUACCAUCAUUGGAGAUUAUACGUACAGUGAGAGACAGGACACAGAACCGCACAGAACAUUUCUUCACUCAUAUAGACUAAUACUACAAAAUCAAGUGGAAAAUCUAGACGUCAUCGCACCAGAUCCAUUCGAGAGUUCAGAGCCCGUUAAUCAGUGGGUACCCACAAACUCAUUGCAAGUGUUGAAUGAUAGUGCAUUUACAGCUAUUGACAAACUCACAUUAAAUCUGUGCUGACAUAUUGUCAAUCACAUCACAAUUGUGCACUACAUCCACCCCUGACUACAUCUCACAAUUAUUGCAAUCAUUUUUGAAAUGGACAAGCAUUAGCCAAGCCAACAGAAACUAAGGUCUAAAGUAUAUAUAUACUCUGACGGAUAAUAAUCAAGUAAGGGGUGAAUUAGAUAGUUUUUGAAUUAUCUUUUUAUAUUUUAUU